UUUGUAGCUAUCAAUACAUUUUUACACAUGUAACAAAGGAACUUUAAAGAUUUUCACAUUUUCAGCAGAUGAAAGUUGAGGUGUGAAAGUUCUUACAACAUUGAAGUGAGGAGCCGACAGGUCUGUUGGUACGGUUCCUGUCAUUCAACUCUCGCCAGCGAUACCCUCGGGUCGCUGGAGCGAUAGCAAGCCGCGUAGCCACUUUUACAGUUGUUGACGCUCCGUAGCUGUCUCUCUCUGUCGCUAUGUAUUGGUGCGAUAGAGGAGUUUGCGUGUUGUUUGACAAGGAGUGUGGAGGAUAGUGUUGUUGGCUACGGCCCCAGGGUGGCGGGAGGCUCUCGGAACUGGUCGCACGCGCGGGGCAGAGUCGCGCCGGCCGCCAGUCGCAGCGGCCAUGGUCUGGCACUCAGUGCACCGGCCGCCUCGCCGCCGCAAGCCUGUGUGGCCCUCUGUGCGACCCAUCCCGCUGACCUCACGUAUCCCUACGCCCGCACGAACACUUUAAAAAAAUCGCAAGUUUCUCGCCACCGGACUGUCACGUGACGCGUCUGUUUACAUUCUAUGUGAUAUUUUUCUGACUUAACUUACUUCAAUAGUGUCCGCGAGUGAAGUUAAUAUACUGAACGGUACUGGAAAACCACGACCUGAAUUUAAAGGUGGUGCGCACUCGUGGCGUAGCGCGAGAGUGUGAUGCGAGGGGGGCGGCGCAGCGGGCGCCGGCGCCGGUAGCUCCGACCAUGCCCGGCCCGCGCGCUGCCGCUCUCUGUGUGCUCGUGCUCGCCGUCAUCGCUGACACCGUGCACGCCUCCACUGCGCUCAAGGGCCGGCGCGAGACGUGUUCCAACGAAGGGGAGCCAGUGCGUCUCAACGACAAGAGGCUGGACCAGAAUUGGGGGAACUGCUUUCGGUGCCAUUGCAAGAACGGAUACGUAGAGUGUAGCAACGGCGUAGAAGAGUGCGGACAGGUGGAGGACUGCGCUGUCUCGAUGCCUCGCAAGGGCUGCUGCGAGCGCUGCAAGGGGUGCUGGUACAACGGCACCGAACACGCCUCGCACACCGAGUGGGACGAAGAAGGACGUGUCCUGCGAUGCGAAGCUGGCGUGGUCACCAUAUCGAGGCCUGAGUGCUACGCGCCGUGCGAGAAACCGAGGCACCAGCGGCACACGCAUUACAACUGUCCUGUUUGUGGCGAAUGCGUGAUAAACGGCCAAAGAGUGGGCGAGGGGCGCGACGUGCGCAUCCCGGAGGAGCCGUGCCUGUCGUGCCGCUGCGUGCACGGCGCGCUCUCGUGCGCGAAGCGUGCGUGCCCCGUGCUGCCGUGCGCGAUCUCGCAACAGCACACGCCGCUUGGCGAGUGCUGUCCGCGCUGCAAUGUUCCCACUGUAGAUAGAAUGCUGCCCAGUCACACGUAUACAAAACCGUGCAUAAUCGGCAACAGCCUCCACGCGCACCUGGCGUCGUUCCGUGUGGAUCCGUGCACGGACUGCACGUGCGUGAACGGCACGGCGGUGUGCGCGCGGCACACGUGCCCCGUGUUGACGUGCGGCGCGCGAGCACGUCCACCUGCGCCUGGGAAAUGCUGCCCGGAGUGCCCGCAGGUUGAGGAGGCGAAAGCCGCGUGCGUUAUCGGCGGGAAUACUUAUCAGGAUGGUGAAACGUGGCAGCUUGACGCUUGCAAAUCGUGCGAGUGCCACGGCGGGGAGCCUCGCUGCGCCAUGGAGCGCUGCCCCGUGGUAACCUGCCCGCCCGGCCAGACGCGGCGCCGCGUGCCCGGCCAGUGCUGCGCGCGCUGCGUCGACAUCGACGGCAUCUGCACCGUCUUCGGCGACCCCCAUUACAAGACCUUCGACGGAAAGUUCUACAGCUUUCAAGGAUCCUGCAAAUAUCAACUAGUGUCCGAUUGUGCGAACGGCUCAUUCUCUAUAAGAAUUUCUAACGACGCUAGAAACACUUCACAUUCCUCUUGGACGCGCACGGCCACGCUUCGGAUAGGGUCUACCAAAAUUAAUAUGGGGAAAAAGAUGAGAAUCAAAGUGAACGGCAACAGAAUCAGUUUGCCCCACAGAGAGAGCGGCGUAGCUGAAAUCAUGCGCAGCAACGGAUCUGUACUUUUAAAGGCUAAUAUCGGGGUGCAAAUGUUAUGGGACGGGGACGGCUUCUUGGAAGUGACAGUGUCGAGUGUGUACAAAGGAAAAUUGUGCGGCCUAUGUGGAAAUUUUAACUCUAUCGCUAAGGACGAUAUGACAUCGCGCGACGGGAAGCUGACGAACGACGCUUGGGAGUUCGGUUCGUCGUGGCGCGUGGGCGGGCGGCGGGCGUGCUCGCGCCGGCGCGAGCGUCCCGGCCGCUCGCAGUGCCGCCCGCGCCGGCGGGCCAAGGCGCGGCGGCUGUGCCGCGGCUUCAACAAGUACGACGCCUUCACCGAGUGCGCGGCCAAAAUGAAUCCCGACAACUACAGGGAGGCGUGCGAGCUGGACGCCUGCAACUGUUCCGGGUAUCGGUGCCACUGCGCGGCGUACGGCGCGUACGCGCGCGAGUGCGCGCGGCUGGGCGCGGCGCCGCGCAACUGGCAGCAGGAGGCGUGGUGCGCGGACGCGGCGCCGCCGUGGCUGGCGCGGCCGCGGGAGCCGGCGCGGGCGCAGGCGGCGGCGCGGGCGCUGGUGCCGGCCUCCAUGCCCAAGCCGGGCCCGGGCCGCCGCCCGCCGCCGCCUAUUCUGCAUCCCGAUUAACUCUUUGUUAGCGGCUUCGCAUCUACUAGUCAAACCUGCCAGUGUGGUGAAGUGAGUAUUACGAGGACGCAAGAAAUGAGAUGAAUUAGGAAAACACCUCGAAGUUGUAUACAACCACCAAUGGAAUGAUGAUCUUUCUACAUGAACAGUAUUCAUUAUAACUACUUAUUAUAAGAUGUACGUACAUAAUAUAUACUAAAUGUCAUAGAAUAACUUGACCAUCUAUAAUACAGCUCACUAUUGCCUCGCGAACAUCAACCAGCAUGAAGGGAAAUUAUCUUUUAGACAUUCAAUCUCUCAUUCCAUUAUUGUAAGUUAUGUGUAUGAUCAAUAAUCGUAAGUGACAUCGCGAAAAUUGACGGUAAUUGCCAGAUAUCGUAGAUUUUGUAGACUGCAUGACUUGAAAUUGUGAUGGUACAGUUGGAUAAUGAAAACCAUUUUCAGAACAUACAUGGUUCAGGUUAAAAAUUCUACAAAAUUGACGAUAUAUGUGGUAAUGAUUGAAUAUCUAUUGGUGACAUUUAUGUGUAAAAAAUAACGCUGGUUGAUAUUUAAAAUGCUGUCGCUUUAAAUUAGUAGCAAUUCACAAAACUCAUGUAAUGCUUGCUUAGAGUAUCUAAAAUGUGAUAAUUGAUUAUGACUUGUGUUAUGGAAGUGCGUUCGGUAAAGUUCAAAUUUCGAUCUCAUCAGUACCUAGUUUACAAAAACUUAGUUAACAUAUUUAUCCGAAGCCAAGAAGCUAUGAGAUUGAGAGUAACCUACAUAAAUCCCUGAAAGUAACAGAUUCGUUCGUGUAGUUUAAUAUGGUUUUAAUUAAAGACUCGUUUUAGAGCUUAGUUGUUAAAUACGUUACCAAUGAAUUGUAUUCUUGACUUUUAAAUCUAUGCGUACUUACUUUAGUUUCUGACAUGUUUACUUAAUGUUAGCUGGUGACAGUACUUUCUAUCCUGAAAUGAUUGAAUGUGUGUAUUCUACUAGACAUUGUAGAUGUUUUGAAAGGAGGCUGAAGUAGGUAUAUCUACUUGUGAUUAUUUAUCCUUUAUGGAUAAAAACAGCCAGUGUCUGUCUACGUGUCAUAUUAUUGACUAAUUUUCUUUUUUAAUUGUCUUUGUAUAAAUGUCUUCUUUAUUAUCUUUUUAUUUAUUACGCGAAAUAUUUUCUAAGAAUUUAGAAAUUAUUUCAAAAAUUACUUCUUAUUUUUAAUUUCUUCUGUUUUGGCCGCUUUCGUGAUGAAAGCUGCCCAAAAGAGUGAAUUAAAUUUCCUUAAUUUUAGUGUUUUAUUUCAAGGCUUACGUUUUAUGUAGGCUCGUAAGUUAUUCGAGGAUAUAGUUUAGCGACCUUCAUUUCUGACAAUUUACUUAAGGUAUUACAAAUUAUUUCUUCUUUUACAAUUAUGUAUACUUUCUUACGACAACAUAUAUACUUUGAUACUAUUCUAAUCUAAGUAUAGUGUAGGUACCUUUUUGGGUAAACUUUGCCUACAUGCCAUAAAUUUAAUUAUUUAUUGAUAUCAAAUGGGUCUUUUGUCUUUAUUAUGGAUUGUAUGAAAAUAUAAAAAUGUAAUGUGUUUACUGCACAACGUUACUGGUUCUAUUUUAAGUACAUAAUUAUUCUACUAUUGGCUCCACUAAGGAUCUAAUAGUUCACAGUAACUUGUGAGCUUGCGAACAAGAGAUAAAUAAAUAAUGCAAUUUUGUUGAAAUA